AUGAAGCAAACUCAGACAACACCACAUCAGCUUGCCGUUGUUGACCCUUACCCUGGGACCACUCGCGACCGCAAGGAGGCCCUUUGCUCAUGUGGACCCCUGAGUUUGUUGAUAACGGACACACCGGGAAUUGAGGCAAGCAUCGAAGAUACACCAUUCAAGCCAAUGCAACAGAUAUGCACACAAGUUGGUCGAGCGGUAGACACAUCUGACGUAAUUUUAUUCGUUGUUGAUGCCAAGGAGGGCAUAACGCCCAUCGAUGAAAUGUUUGCACGACAGCUGCGAAUACUCAGAAACGGAAAGCCGACAACUGAACAUAGAGCCAAAUGCCCUGACGAGUAUCAUGAGGCUAGGCCUUUAGCUACUGUAAAGAGGCAUCCAUCAGUCAUUCUCGUACUCAACAAGACAGAAGGGAUACAGGGGGCGGAAUGCAUAGGAGACGCCUACGAACUCCAGCUCGGCCACCCCGUAACAGUGUCUGCGAGAACAAAGAAAAAUGCAGGGGAUGCCUUUCACAAGAAGGCUGCUGCAACGGAAGCGUGGCUUCAGGGCUUAUCUAGACGAUACGGACGUGGGGUGCACACAACAUUAGCGUAUAACCAGUCGUUGGUGGGCUACUUAGACUUGCCUUGGUCGCUGAAGAAGGCGCCAGUCGACAGUGCAACAUCGGACGGCCAAACUGCUCUUAAAGGCAAGCAGGGCUCUGGCGAAGAGACAAGGCAGGUAGGCGCAGAGCCGCAGAUAUCAAGAGUAGACGUGCCUGAAACCCAUGCCCUCAUGUUGGAUGCUCCCAGCUGA